GUUAUUCUUAGAAUAUUCGAGAGAUAAAAUAGAUAUUUAUUUGCCUUCAAACAUUCAUUGUUGAAUUUUAAAUUUAUACAUUAGAUUGUUGGAGAAUUAACAAUGGCUUCCCUUGUAGUUGAUGAGUUGAAGAAAGAUUUAACAGAACUUGAACAAUUUAACAGUCAAGCUACGCGUCAAAGAGUUAAAAACCUUUUAACUGUAGAAAUUCGAAAAGUAGAGUCAGAGAUAAGUAAACAACAGGAAAUGGUUGACAAAGCUCCUCAACCUGCAUCAAGCUCUGCUAGUGGUGACAAUAAAUCCACUGGUGUUGUAAUCAAAGAAAAAAUUACAAAAUAUGGUUGGGACGAAUCCGACAAAUUUAUGAAACUUUACGUAACCUCGAAUAAUGUUCAUAAUUUAGAUAAGGAGAAAAUAAGAUCAGAAUUCACUAACUGCUCAGUACAACUGAAUAUUGACGGUUUAAAUAAUAAAAAUUAUGAAUUAUAUCACAGUCAUUUAUGUGAAGAAAUUGAUCCUUCAGCAAGCUAUCAUAAGGUAAAAACUGAUAUGGUUUUAUUGAUGUUAAAAAAGAAAGAAGUUGGCAAAAUCUGGUCACAUGUAACUGCGGUGGAAAAGAAAAAAGUAGAAAAAUCAAAAGAAACACCAGAUCUAGAUAAAGAAGAUCCCAAUGCUAGUAUGAUGAAAUUAUUACAGAAGAUGUAUGAGGAAGGUGAUGAUGAGAUGAAACGUACUAUAGCUAAAUCAAUGUCCGAUUCUCGUGGUAAACAAGGUGCUGGUAUGGAUUUUGGUCAAUAGGUGUUGUGGAAAAAUGGUGGACUUUAAUUUUUCGAAUGACCUGUCAGUGUCAUAAACUUGGUAUCAAAGACACAUUGUGUUAUGUAAGCAAGUCAUGUUUACAUAUUUUCAGUUUCAGAGCAAAAAGUAUAAUAGAUUGUUUUAAGUCUUUUGAAACCUUUUCUCAUCCAUAGCUAGCAAACCUGUAGUAAUGCAGGGUAAAUCAUUUAUAUUAUGUUUAAUAUUUUCAUGUAUUUUCUGUUUAAACUCCACAAGCAUAGUUAGGUUAGGUAUCCAAUUAAGACAUGAUAUCUAUAAAUAUUUUGUUUUCUUGCCUAUUUAGAGUUAUUUCCCUUCUGCUUCCCAUUCAAAUCCAAAUUUUUAUAAAAUAUUUCGAACAUUUUACUCUAUAUUAUUGCUAACAUGAUCAUGGAGAGAUCAAUUUUAUUUUCUGUAUGUUAUUAUGUUUAGCACUGCCUCAUUUAUAUCGUAUGAUGUUGUGUUUACAAAAAAAUAAAAUCAUUUGUGUAAAUUCUGUUGUAACAUAUUCCUUCAAAGGAAAAUGAGAUUCACUUUCUGGAACUAGGUAGGUCAUAUACAGAUUUAUUGUUGCUUUGUAUGAAAUAUUGGCCAAUAAAUAUCUCCUGAAAAUAAACCAGUG